GUGCUCCUCGUGAGGCUGAUGCGGACUUUGCUCUCACUGAUGACGAGGGCGAAAAAGACUCGGCUCCGCCCCUCUUUGGGCUUUCUAACGCUGUAACUGCCGGCGAUGAUCGAGACGAUGUCUCCAUCGUUCGCAGCGCUCACCUAGGUGUCCAUCCACUUCUCACCAAGGAUGACGUUUCUGCGAUGGUUCAUGCCAUCAUCAGGCUGCCGAAGGGCGUGCGUCCAAUCGAUAUCCUUAUCAGCAACUCUGUCUCCGUAGUUUGGCGGCAGGACUG